UACCAGCCCAGCAUCCAUGGUUGACUUCAUCGUAAGACAUCAUUCCGCGCCCGGUGAUUAUUCUGCUUCUUCAGGGUCCUGAUCCAUCUGGUGCUCCAUCUGGUGCAUCUGAUCGCAUCGUGUGGUCCUCCUCGGACAGAUACACUGCUGUAUAUAUAUCCAAAACCUCCGAGCCUCCACAGACCGGCCUCUUGACUCCAGACCACCUCUUGUCAUGCGGUUGAUCGCUCACCUACUGCCGCUCCUGGCAGUGGGCGUUUGGCCUUCUCUGGCACAAGAUGAUAGCACCACCACCACCACCACGACCGGCAACAAUGGCGGCCUGACUCUCGAGGGGACCGUCACUUCGUCCAUCAGUGAAGCGACGCUGCCCACAGGCCACUACCUCUCCUACACUACCACUAUGACCCUCGACAAUGGACAUACCGUCACGAGCACCGGGGCGCACUCCGCGACAACCACCUCCAACUCUACAACAGCAUCCGGGAAUUUCACCACGACGGUGACUUCUUCGUCGCAAUCUCUCACACUGCUGGUGGGCGGACAGACUGGUGGAGUCAAUGGCACCAACGCUACUACAACAGCGACGUCCACUGCAUCGUCGACUCCGGUCGUCAACACACAGCCUUGCAAUGGCCACGCGGAGUUUUGCGCGCGCAAGUACUCCAACAUCACCAUGGUUGCUGCCCACAACAGCCCGUUUGUCAAGCCAGGCAAUGCGGCCGCCAACCAGGCGUUGGACGUCACCGCUCAGCUGGACGAUGGGAUACGGAUGCUGCAAUUUCAAACACACCUGGUCAACAACACCCUCUACCUCUGUCACACCAGCUGCGACCUUUUGAACAUGGGACCUCUGGAAGACUACCUGACGACGGUCACGAAAUGGGUGAAAACCCAUCCAUAUGACGUGGUCACCAUCUUGAUAGGCAACUAUGAUUAUGUAGACCCCGGCAACUUCACGGGUCCUAUCCAGAACUCUGGCCUCAUGGACUAUGUGUUUACACCCUCGAAGAUCCCAAUGGCGCUGGAUGAUUGGCCUACGAUGUCCAGUAUGAUUCUGUCUGGCAAGCGAGCCGUUGUCUUCAUGGACUACCAGGCCAAUCAGACGGCCUACCCGUGGCUCAUGGAUGAGUUUUCGCAGAUGUGGGAGACGCCGUUUUCGCCCACGGACGCAGCUUUUCCUUGCACAGAGCAGCGCCCGCCGGACUUGUCCGCGCAGGACGCCAAAGACCGGAUGUACAUGGCCAACCACAACCUGAAUCUCGACAUCAAUAUUGCCAGCAUUAGUCUGCUGAUCCCCAAUACUGCCUCGCUCAACCAGACCAACGCGGUCUCCGGCUACGGUAGUCUGGGAAAGAUGGCCCGCAACUGCACGGCUAUGUGGGACCGGCCGCCUAACUUCCUUUUGGUGGAUUACUACAAUUACGGCAACUUCAACGGGUCCGUGUUCGCGGUGGCCGCCGAGAUGAACAACGUGACCUGGGAUGGGAAAUGCUGCGGCGCAGCAUCUGCCGCGACGAGCGUGAUGCCUGGGGUGAGUGUGAUGAGUACGCUGCUUCUGAUUGCGGGAGUGCAGUAUAUGGUAUCGAUAUUUUAGUGUUGCUCCGAGCGUAUAUAGUGGGAGUUUGGAGUUGUGGGAUACACUUAUAUUAUGACUCACGACUGUACAGUUAGAAUUGAACCUAGUGGUUUAAUUAAAUUCAUGAACAGGUUUCUUU